AUGGUAUAUCUCAGGCUCCCAAAUACGCCUUUCACCAGAAGUAGACCCGGAUCAUUUUCUCUUUUUCGUUUCUCCAAGUCUAACGCAAGCCGUUUUUACAUGUCUCAAACGCUAGCACAGACAUAUUAUUGUAAUAUUGACGCCGAGCCAUUACACCGUUAUCAACCUGGCGGUUACCAUCCUCUUGCACUAGGCGAUGUUUUGAAGGAUGGCCGAUAUAAAAUUGUUCAUAAGUUAGGCUGGGGUGGUUAUUCCACUACAUGGGCCGCAAAAGACCAAGAGGAAGACGAAUAUGUUGCUAUUAAGGUUUCAGUCUCAGAGACGUGGCGUAGCCGAGAGCUUAGUGUCCUACAGGCUAUAUCUGUUCUUCCAGGACGCCAUUUCGAGAGUUCCCGAUUGAAUCGGAUGAUAGACUAUUUUACUCUUGUCGGUCCCAAUGGAACCCACGACUGUCUUGUGCUGGAACUUUUAGGUCCCAGCGUGGCAGAUGUCGUUGAAUCAUACUAUCGGGAUGACAGACUCCCAGCCAAGCUCGCGAAAUCCUUUGCAAAUCAGGCUUUACAAGGGCUUAAUGUCCUCACUCUGGUGAGCAGACGGGAUGGCAAGUCAUUGGCGGGCAAUGUCCCAUCCCAUAUUGUUCGGCCUGCUCAAUUCCGAAAGAGAGACAUCCUGCAGUCGUCUCCAUCAAUCAAAAUCAUCGAUUUUGGAGAGGCAUUCCUCACAACUAACGUCCCGAGCACACUACACACCCCGUUGCCUAUUUUUGAACUCGUCACUGGCCAGCCUCCAUUCGAUGUCACGAUGCUAACCCCGCCGCUCCUUGUUCAACAAAUGAUGGAAUUCGCCACUGAUAGCCUACCGUCACGGUGGCAGAUGAAAUGGCAAGCAAUGCAAGGGAAUUUGCUCUGUGAUGAUCACAGCUAUACUCUUCAGGAAUGGUUGGAAGAGGUUUAUUUCGAUAACAAUAAGCAAGCCGAAUUCACGAGGGAGGAUAUUGCGAAGGUGGGCAAGCUAAUCGGACGGAUGCUGAAGUUUGAACCAUCUUUUAGGGCCACGGCAAGCGAUGCUCUUUCUGAUACUUGGUUUGAACGAGGAUAA